CAGCUGCUACGCUACCACCGCUGUGACGUAGAGGACGUGUCUCCUGCAAAUGCGACGAGAUGGACGUUCUCUGUAUUAUUAAUAGGCGCUUCCUUCCUGUGCUCCCGGUUAUGUUUGGAGAUUUUUCCAGGUGUUGAGUCCGUGUUCUCUUCUGGUGGGUCAGCCCGAUACUGAGGCAGGUCCUGCGGCUGCAGCGGACAUGGAUUGAUCCAUUAUUCCUGGGAAGGGGGAGCAGCCGAGCCUGGGAGAACUAAGCGUUAGCCGGAUAGCCAUGGAGGCAGAUAGAAGUACCUGGGACUGCUGUAUCACUAGAAAAUCCGCUUUGUUCAAUCAGAUUGUAUUAUAAAUAGUUAUUGUUGGGAAACUGGUGGUUUCAUCCAUGCAAAUCCUGGGAAAAGCAUGCAGACGCCCUGAAUAUGUCAGCUGUCUGUGCAGAAACCUUAGUGGUUCCAUGCUCCCCUUUCUGCAGCUAGAGAGUCAAAUUUUCACUAAGCUGAAUGUUUGGCGCCAUGAAACUGAUAUAAAACCCAUCUAAAGGUGUUAUGUGUUUUUAAGAGGUCCCGCUUCCUUCCUAAAAGGUUUAGGUUGAACUUUGACCCCUGCAGUGCAGCGUUGUCAGCAGGAGGCCCAGCUUUAGUUAUAUGGGAACCAGCUCUGGCUGCAGCAGGACAGUUGUAGGUCAGCAAUGGGAGGCUCCGUGUCCUGCUGCUUCUCUCCAGGAGAGAGUCCAAAACUCCACCGGAGACACGUGGACCUGGACGAGUGUCCCAUCACCACCACAGAGGACGUGAGUGAGGACACAGGCACCUACCUGCAGCACAUCAGCGACAGGGAGCUCCCUGAUGAAUUGGCCCAGGAGGCGAAUCCAUCGGACCAUCCCAGAGCCAGCACCCUCUUCCUCAACAAGUCCCAGACGGAUGUGCGGGAAAAAAGGAAAAGCAACUACAUGAACCAUAUGUCCCCAGGACUCCUGACUAAAAAAUACAGCUCUUGUUCAACAAUUUUUAUCGACGACAGCACAGUCAGUCAGCCAAACCUUAAGAGCACCAUCAGAUGUGUUGCUUUGGCCAUAUACUAUCACAUCAAAAACAGAGAUUCCAACCGCUCGCUGGAUAUAUUCGAUGAGAAGAAGCACCCUCUGUCGAGAGAAAAGGUUCCAGAUGAUUAUUCUGUGGUUGAUCCCGAUCACAAACUCAUCUACCGCUUCAUCAGGACGCUCUUCAGCUCGGCGCAGCUCACCGCCGAGUGCGCCAUUGUUACUCUGGUGUACCUUGAAAGGCUUUUGACAUAUGCUGAGAUAGACAUUUGUCCCUCCAACUGGAAGCGGAUUGUUCUUGGCGCCAUCUUGCUAGCAUCCAAAGUCUGGGACGACCAGGCUGUCUGGAACGUCGAUUAUUGCCAGAUCCUAAAGGAUAUCACAGUAGAGGACAUGAAUGAGAUGGAGCGUCACUUCUUGGAGCUGCUACAGUUUAACAUCAACGUUCCGGCUAGCGUCUACGCCAAGUAUUACUUUGACCUGCGCUCUCUGGCCGAUGACAACAACCUCAGCUUCCCUCUGGAGCCACUCAGCAACAAGCGAGCCCAGAAACUGGAGGCCAUAUCCAGGCUGUGUGAAGACAAGUACAAGGACUUGAGCAAAUCUUCCAUGAGGAGGUCAAUGAGUGCAGAUAAUAUGAUCGGUAUCAAGAACUCUCAGGCUGUGCUUUCCUGAAUCGGUGAUCAUUGAUCUUCCUAACUGGACGGAACUACUGAGAAAUGAUUUUAGAGAAGACAAACAUCCUUGAGAGAUUAAUUGUUAAUUUUAGAGGCUAAAUAUACAACACUAUAACAUUAUUAAUCAUGUCGUUGUGUUAAUUAAAAAAAAAAAACUUCAGUGGUUUUCUUUUCAAAGCAUGACGAUUUGGUGACGUAUAUUGGAGGAAAACAGUAUAAAUGCUUCCUAAAGUCGCACAAGUUUCUUUGUAUCUCCUUUUUUUUAUUAUUAUGUAAUAGGGAGCAAUAUCUGGCUGCUGCCAUCAUGUCCCCGGCAGUAUUUACGCGACAAAAACUGUCACGGACUACCCUGUGGCGUAGUUCUGCAUACGGACAACAAGACGUUCUGCUUACUGUGUAGGCUCCUAUAGCUGUGAAAUGUACCAGACUUUAUUUAAUUCAAAUAAAUUUCACUCGCUGUUUCAAGUUAGGUGGAAAAGUGUGUUCAGGUGUUUUUUUUAUAUAUAUAUUCAAAACGUAGAUGACUGAAAGAAGAGCCACAACAAUGGAUUGUGGAUAUAUUGUGAAAUUAAUUUUACUUUAAUAAGUAAAUAAAUUCUGCAAUGUA